GAACGGUGUUAUGCUGAAAAUAUUGCGUUUUAUGAUUUUUCGACAACAAACGACUUAAAAUGGCUUCAAGUUGACGUUAUUUGUGACAAAGGAAUCUUUUCUGUCUGCGGAAGGAUUGAUUUUUAUCAUUCUGGACUUGUGCCGGUCGUCCAAAGAACACUACCUUUGAUCGUGCUUCAGAAUUCAGAAUCACGGGGAGACUGAGUUCUUUUGGCAAACACAUUUUAAGCCUAGUCAGCUAUGAAUCUUUUGUGCGCUUAAUUCAGUAAGGUCACUAUGCCCGCUUCUGUAAGGAUCGGAGAAGAGCAGCUCAACUAUUUGGCUUCACUAGCACGACUUGACCACUCAAUAAGCGGUCGUGUGUAUAUGAAAAACCACGAAAACGCUGGUAAAUGGCUUCAGCGUUGGUUUGCUCUGUACCAAAAUUUGUUGUUUUAUUUCGAGAGUGAGGAUUCUACAAAACUUUGUGGAGUUUUAUACUUGGAGCACUGCAGUUGUGAGAGAUUAUGCUUGACCAACCUAAAGGACACCGAGAACCAGAACUGCUUUUGUAUCAGUAUACCAACUGUUGAUGGGCAGCAGCAGUUUGUUCUCAGAGUAAAUAGUGGCCAAGAGUGCACUGCAUGGAUUGAAGCCAUCACAAAAUCUAGUUUUGCUGAAAUUCAAUCAGAGAAACAAGAAUUGGAGAAGAAGUAUAUUCAUGUGAUGCAGAUUCUAGAUAGUGAAAAGACAGCUAAGUGGCAGUUGCUUCAGCAGUGUGAGGAGCAGGGUCAGUUAGUUUCAAACCUGAAAACUGAGGUUGCCAGUCUUAGAAAACAAAGGACAGCUGAGGCACGAGAGGAAGAAAGUGAAGAAAUAAAACAUAUAAAAAAGGUACAAAGCCUCAUUAGAGGCUGGCUUUGUCGUCGCCGUUGGCACAGUAUCGUUCAAAAUUACAUCCGUUCACCUCAUGCAGAAAGCAUGCGUCAGAGGAACUCAAUUUGCUUUCAGCUUGUGGAGACUGAAAAUGAAUAUGUGCAAAACAUGUCCACACUUGUGUCAUGUUUCUUCAGGCCUUUUAAAAUGGCUGCCAGCUCCAAGAGGCCCCCAUUAAGUCACGAAGAAGUCAAUUGUAUCUUUCUAAAUAGUGAGACAAUUCUUUUCUUGCAUCAAAUCUUCCUAAAAGGUCUUCAAACGCGGAUGGAAAGUUGGCCAACACUGAUCUUAGGUGACUUAUUUGAUAUGUUACUACCCAUGUUAAACAUUUAUCAAGAAUACGUCCGGAAUCAUCAUUAUUCUCUACAGACUUUGGCUGAGUGUAAACAACGGCCUGCGUUCAGUCGUCUUCUUAAGCUGUAUGAGGAAAAAGCAAUUUGUAGCGGACGGACGCUGGAAUAUUUCCUAACUGCUCCAAUGUAUAGGGUGCCGGCGUACAUUAUAACUUUGCAUGACUUACUCGCUCUUACUCCUCAUGAUCACGUGGAGAGAAAUACGUUACAGUAUGCGCAAAGUGUCUUGGAAGAUCUUUCCACGGUAAUGCAUGACGAAGUCAGUGAGACAGAAAACAUCCGUAAAAACCUGUCUAUUGAGCGUCAGAUUGUGGAAGGCUGUGAUAUGCUUUUAGAUGUCAAUCAGAUUUUUAUAAGACAAGGAAAUUUAAUUCAGGUUACAGAAAAUCGUAAGGGCAAAACGUUUGGUGGGUUGUCGCUCAAAUCUUCGGAAGGAAGGAAAGAGACUGUUCGCCAGUGCUUUUUGUUCUCUGGCUCCCUGCUGCUGACCACUAGAUCAUCCAGCGGCCGCCUUCACCUAACUAAGAAUGGUGCUAACAUUUCUCUCGCUGAUGCAACUUUAGUCGAGGACUGCUUUGAAGACGGGGAUGUCGAAGGCCUCGGUGGCCGAGGAUGCCAGGAAUUUGACCUUGACGAUCUCACAUUUAAAUUGAUUGUGCGAUCACGUGAUAAGCCUGAGCCAGGACCUCCCUAUACUGUAACUUUAAUGGCUCCGUCACCACAAGAGAAAGCUGCUUGGACUUCUGAUAUAAGCCAGUGUAUUGAGAACCUUGCAGUGAUGGCAGAAGAAGACAAUAUCUCCGUUGCCUCGAGACGCAGCUCAACCAGUGUCAGAUCGGACCCGAAACUCUUUACAGAUGAUGUUGAUAUAAAAUACUGCAAAGCACUCAACUGCUGCAAGCUACCAAAGAUACGUCAUGCUAGCUUGGAACGUCUUUUGGAACGCCUUUUAGAUACUCGCUUCCUCAGUGCGGACUUCUUAAACACCUUCCUCAUCACGUAUCGCGUAUUCACAACAGCUUCCAACCUCCUUAAUACAUUACUGCACUUUUAUGACACGAGUAAUGCAAAGGACUACCCACUGUACUCGGCCACAGACGUGUUUUCCCCAGUAAGCCGUAAAGUGCGAUCCGUAUCGCUACCUAGUGAGGCACUGAGUCCCCGUCAAGACAAGAAGAAAGGACGGUAUAAGUUCUUCGGUGAACAGAAUCAACAGUCUCCUUCGCAGUCCAUCUCCAUUACUGUUUCUGGAGUAAAAAUGCCGUCGGAUAACGAGCAGGUAGAGAAUAAACAUCAAGGUGCUGAAAUAGAGUCCCGAACCCCAGACCGGUUGUGCCCAAGUAACUACCACUCCUACAGGCGACAUUCGUCGCCUUCCGCCCUGGGCGAGACCGCAGCGUUCGAGUUUCCCGAGUCGUCGGGUGAUCCACCUCAGUCACCAGAGGAAGACUCGCCGACACCUAUUCGAUAUGGAGGGCCUCAGAACUACAGUUCCCCGUUCUUAUCACGUGGGAACAACACUCGCACCCGUGCCCAGAGUAGUUCAUCGGAUUUCAUGUCUGGAGGGAAUGGUAAAGAUAGCUUACUGUUGUCUUCUUCCCAGGAAGACGACAUUUUUGGCUUGAAAUUUGAACUACAGGCCCCGCCAAAACCGCGAAGUAAAAGAUCUCGUUCGUCUUCAUCGAGUGGAACUGCUGUUGAGUCACUGGAGAGUAGCUUUCGGACUCCCUCCCCCCCUUUUCGAGCAUCUUUAAACACGGUAUCUAAGCAAGCUCAAUUAACACAUAAUUCAAAUCAUGACGGAAUGGAGAAAACAAGGCGAAGAAUCACUCCUGCGGCUGAUAACUAUGAUGCAAGUUUGGUUAGUGGCGAAUUUUCUCAGACACCCAGUGUACUAAAUCGGCGGCGGUCUUCUCCUGUUGUAUCGCGCGAACGGUUGGUAGAGCCUCCAAUCACUUGUCUCGGAGUAACUAUGGACAAAAGCUCGGAAUCACCCCUGAACAAACAUUCAUCGAGAGGGUCAAGUUCACCAUGUCGGCUCUAUAAGAUCGUCAAAGAGGCAGAAGAAAGAGUGCUGAAUCUAAAGUCACAGAGGCGUCCCACUUCUCCUAAGCUACCAUCUCAUCCGCCUAAGUCGCCUGUCUCCCCGCUAAGUUCACCGCGUUCUCCUCUUUCGCCAUCGGCUAAUAGCGUAAGCGCCGGAGUGGUUGUGACAUCAUCAAGACCUUCCCGGCGUAGGUCCAGUAUAUCAUCUGCAGCUUCGGCUUUUGCCGCUGCAACCGCAGGUGCAUCUCCUUCUUAUGCAGCCAACUCACCUCCUACCACAAGAUUCCGUUUUGGUCACACAAUCCGAGAAUUGCUAUCCUCAAGCACUGAGAAGGCCACGAUGAGAGUUCUGACCAUCUUGCGUCACUGGGUAACCAAACACCCCGAAGACUUUGAAGGAGACCUAGCUUUGAAAGAGCAAUUGAUCUCAUCUAUGAAUCAUAUUCUUGCUUAUGAUGGAUCAACGAAUUUAGAGCAAAACUUUGCGACGGUAAUUCUAAAGACGGUGGAACGAAAGCAUAAGGAAUUAGAAACUAUCCUCUCAUUUGAAACGAGCUGUCUCUUCAUGGGUUCUGUGGAGACGACAAAUCCAGACACCUUGGCUACGUUCGACAAAAUCUCAGCCACCCAGCUAUCCGAGCAACUCACAUUGGUCGAGCACGUUUUAUUUUCCAACAUUCCUUCACACGAGUUUCUCAACCUCUCUUGGAUGAGGCCGGAUAAAAACGUUAGGGCUCCUGGUAUUCUCCGCGUGACUAAACGAUUCAACGAAACAAGUUGCCUAGUGGCUUCAGAGAUUCUUAAACACCACACUCCGGCAGCGCGAGCCACAGUGAUAGAAAAGUGGGCAGCUGUGGCGGAGGUUUGUCGUAACCUCCAUAAUUUUAACUCCGUUUUGGAAAUCACAUCUGCCUUUAUGAGCAGUUCGAUCUACAGGCUGAGGAAGACUUGGGAAAAAGUAUCAAAACAGACGCGCACACUGAUUGAUCGUCUGCAGAAACUAGUCAGUUCUGAUGGUCGCUUUAAGAACAUGAGAGAUGCCCUUAGAUGUUCUGAUCCACCAUGCAUACCAUAUCUUGGUUUUUACUUAACGGAUCUGGCGUUCAUUGAGGAUGGCACACCCAACAAUAACGAGAACGGACUCAUAAAUUUCUCAAAAAUGAGAAUGAUCGCUCAAGUAAUAGAAGAAAUUCAUCAUUAUCAACAGAACAAAUACUCCUUGGAACCAAAUAAGAAGAUAAUUACAUACCUAAUGUCCAGAGACAACCUCACCGAUGAAGACAAGCUGUACCAAACAUCUCUCGCACUGGAACCGAGGAAGCGAGUGUCUUCGAAAGUGAAACAACCGGUAGAAACUGAAAUAUAACUUUGUAUGGAGCUGACCUGCGUGAUGGAAGUACCUUAGAUUUCUCCGGCAAAAGGAGAAACAUUUUAUUUCCAUUUGUUUUAUUUCUCCAAUCGUCCAACUCAAGUACAUUAAUUACUUGUUCUUAAACAUUGUCGUGUAUAGUAGAUAUUAAUUGCAUGUAACAAAUUGCUUUUGAAAUGAAAUAGCUUCUAAUAAAUUUUUCCUUUUGAAA